AUGGCGGCCACUGCCGCGAAGGCCGGCGCCUCGAAGACCACUUCGAUGAACGGCCGCGCCGUGCUGCCGGCCGUGCGCCCCGCCGGCCUCGGCAUGCCGCGCAUGUCGCGCAAGGCCCGCAAGGUGGUGGUGCGCGCGGAGACGGAGGACGUCGUCGCGGAGAAGAAGGAGGAGAAGCUGACGGGCACCAUCGACGAGGAGAAGAAGGAGGGCACCGGCAUCGUGACCGCGUCCGGCCGCGUGUCGAACGUCCUCCCGGCCACCUACGCCAUCAACCCCCUCGACGCGUCGCGCCCCUUCCGCCGCAACGUGUACACCUUCGACGACUGGGCGCGCCACCGCUCCUCGGACCGCUACUGGCGCCACCUGCUCACGAUGCCGCAGUCGUCCAUCGUCCGUGCCCUCGCCGGCCCGACCCUGGCUUCGGUGGGUGUCGCCGUGUUCGUCGGCCUGAUGUCGGAGGGCCUGGACGCCGGCGUCCUGCCCUCGUGGUGGAACGGCCUGCCCAACCCCUCGCUGGUGCCCUUCAACACCACCGGGUUCGCGCUGUCGCUCCUGCUGGCGUUCCGUACGAACUCGGGUUACUCCCGCUGGUGGGAGGCCCGUGGCAUCUGGGGUAAGAUCGUGAACCGCUCGCGCGACUUCACCCGUCAGGCCUACUCGUGGCUGGAGCCCGAGCGUGCCGAGCGCGUCGCGCGCUGGAUGCGCAUCUUCCCCUACGUGCACAUGUGCCACGUCCGCGAGGACCGCAACCUGGAGGACGAGAUCGGCGACAAGCUGUCGCCGUACGAGGCGAAGGCCCUGCUGUCGGCCACGCACCGCCCCAACUUCGUCAUGCAGGUGAUGUCGGACAUCAUCCGCGAGGACCCCAACCUCAACCCCAACCAGCUGAUCGCCAUCGACGCCAACCUGACGGAGUUCGCCGACCAGAUCGGUGCCAGCGAGAAGAUCCUGAAGACGCCCGUGCCGGUGUUCUACACGCACCACAUCUCGCGCUUCCUCAUCGUGUGGCUGCUCUUCCUGCCGCUCGGCCUCUGGCCCCAGCUGAAGUGGGACACUCCCUUCGUCAUGGUGCUCAUCUCCUUCUUCCUGCUCGGCAUUGACGAGAUCGGCGUGCAGAUCGAGGAGCCGUUCGGUGUGCUGGCCCUGGAGAAGCUGUGCGCGACCAUCGAGGGCAACCUCCUGGAGCUGCGCGACACCCGCGACAAGCACAACGACGCCAAGACCGCCGUCGGCCCCUCGUAA